CCCGUCUUAUCUGCACGGAAGAGAUGAGCAUGUGCAUGUAUCGCCCAGGUGUCCUUCACUGGGUGGAAUGCCUCUGUAGACAGGUACCAAUAACUAUAAGGUGCUCCUCUUGUCAAAGCUUCUCUCAGUCCUGAUUUUGCAAAGACUGAGCAUGAUGCAACUGAUCUUGUUAAGUGCCGUAAUUAGUGUAGUAGCCGGUGCUAGCUGUCCUACUGGGUGCUCGUGUCGAAAUCGCUAUGUCGACUGCGUCGGUAGGCGACACACAACUAUGCCUGAUUUUUCUUCCCUAGGUGUCGCCUCGAACUAUGACACUUUAGAUAUGAGAGAUAAUAACCUGACCACGUUGGAUAAUACAAGUUUUGUCGGUGCCCCUUUCAAAACAGUUUAUUUAUCACAUAAUAAUUUGGCCGACAGAUUCAUUUCAGCAGGUGCUUUUGAAGGAUUAGUUGAUUCUGUCAAAAUUCUUGAUCUUGGUUAUAAUAAUAUUCAAAAGCUGCCAGUUGCUCUGAAAGAGUUAAAAAUGAUUGAGGAACUAGAUGUAUCCCAUAAUCCAAUGCGGUUCUCAAACUCCUUCCCUGCUGACAUUAUGAGAGCUAUGGGAGAUACGAUCACUGCUUUCACUUUCGGAAACAACCAGUUGGUCAGCUGGCCGGAGUCUUUGAAUCACUUUGUUCAGCUUCAAAAACUUCAUGUGGAUCAACUUGGAUCAUUUAUGCAGGUCUUGACUCCAGAGGCAUUUCACGGCUUUGAGACAACACUUUUAUACUUGAAGAUUGAGAAAACUAAUUUAAUCGCUGUACCCAUUGGAAUAAGCAAGCUAAAAAAUCUAGAAGAGCUUCAUUUUGACGACAACCCCCAGAUAACGGAUAAAGGUGUUCUUAUCCAGUCGUUCCCGACAAACACCGACAGUCCUAAACUCAGGAUAGUCAGUUUAGAUGGUGAUGGUCUAACUAAAUUUCCACCAGUCCUUAAAUAUCUUAGAGCCCUUAAUAAAUUAAGUUUAGACAGAAACCUGCUUGACUUUCUAAGUGAUGCCUCUAUCAGUGGUAAUGUGACUGCAGCAGAGCUGUCAUUGGUCAACUGUGGUCUAGACCGAAUCCCAGGAGCGCUCUCUGAUUUACAUUACCUUACUCAUCUCGAUUUGUCUCAAAAUGACAUAAGAACGAUCGAACAUAACGAUCUUGAGAACCUUCCAACUCUUGAGCAAUUGGUCAUUCAAAACGCCUCUCUAGAAUACAUUUCGAAUAAUGCUUUUUCAGCUCUACACCGCCUGGAUAGUUUGGACUUUAGGCAAACCAAUCUCAAGCAGGUGCCCGAUGCCUUGAAUGCGAUGUAUCCAUGUCCUGCUAAAGUAGAUCUCAUCGGAAAUAAAGUAGAUUGUAUGUGUGAGACCCUUGUGUGGCUCGCAGCUAAAACUGAGUGGUGCCAGAAUCACGGAUCGCCAAUGGAUAUUACAGGGGACUGCGACACCAUUGCCUCCACAGUGAAAAACUAUGUUACAAAGUAUAUCCCAAAUUGUCCACAGUACAAAGUUGACAACAAUAUUGCACCGUAUAACCACGGCUAAUUUGCUGUUGAUGAGUUUUCACGUUUUAAUUUUUUGUUUUUAGCUUUAGAUACUGGUGAAUUGUACUAUGAAUGUUCCUUCAGACAUUACAAAAUUAAUUUUUAUUCAUUAAAUGCAAUUUCAUGCUCUUUUUACUUUGUAUCUAAAACUUUAAUUUUCUUUUUGUCAUAAACAUGAAUUUAUUGAAUCUUAGUACAUGUAUCAUUAUGGUAAUAAAUGGUUUACUCAAGCAAACCUUUAAAAA